AUGGAGCGUUCUUCCUAUGUUAAAGCUUCUAUUGAUGCCCGUUGGGUGGCUGCUAUGCAACGUGAAUUUGAUGCUUUGCAGUCUCAAAAUACAUGGUCCUUGGUUCCUAAGCCCAUGCAUUGUAGAGUCAUUGGUUCCAAGUGGGUUUGUCGUGUUAAAUUUCAUUCUGAUGGUUCAGUGGACAAAUUUAAAGCCUGUAUGCUUGACUCUAAACAUGUACCUAAACCUUUUGCUUCUGCCUCUUUAUCUCUUCAUGAGGGUGUUCCUCUUGCUGAUGCUACUCAAUAUCGAAGUAUCCUUAGGUCCUUGCAAUAUUGCACCAUCACUAGACCAAAUAUAUCCUUUGCUGUUAAUUGGCUUUAUCAAUUCAUGCAUGCUCCAACAAAUACGCAUAUGUUGGCUGUCAAACGACUACUUCGUUACUUGAAAGGUAUGGAAAGAUAUUAUAAAAGAAUUGAUCCAAAUUUAUCACAUCCUCCGGCACCGAAAGUAGAUAUUGAUUGCAAUACAAAAAGCCAUUGCAGUACAAAGAGACAUUGCAUCUCAAUUGAUAUGAGUGAUCUUCCUACUGAUCCUGGACUGCGAAUUCCAAUUUCAGAUUAUAGCCUGAAUAUUCAAGAUCAAAUUCGAAGACAUUAUUUGCAGCAAGGGCCUUGUAAACCAAAAAAUCAUAAAUUUCUUCCGAAACUUUUUGGAGGCGUGGAGCGUCGGUUCAACAUUGAAUGGUAUGAUCAAUUUCCUACUUGUUUAGAGUAUAACAUCGAUAAAAAUUCCACAUUUUGUCUAUAUUGUUAUCUUUUUAAGCAAAAUAAUGGAAAACAAGGUGGUGGUGAGAUAUUUGUUAGUAAGGGUUUUUCAAAUUGGAAGAAAACAGAAACAUUUGCAAAUCAUGUUGGAAAACAUGAUAGUUCUCAUUACGAAUGUUACAAGAAAUGUGAAGCCUUGAUGAAUGAAAAACAACAAAUUCAACACAUUUUUGUCAAGAAAAACGACACAGAUCAAAAAAGUUACCGUGUUCGAUUAACUGCAUCAGUUGACAGUAUUCGAUUUCUUCUACGACAAGGUCUUGCAUUUCGUGGUCAUGAUGAGUCUGAAGAUUCUAAUAAUCAAGGUAACUUUCUUGAACUUCUAAAUCUUUUGGCUGAUCAUAAUGAGGAAGUUAAAGCCGUUGCUUUGAAAAAUGCUCCUGAAAACCUUAGAUUGACUUCCCCAAGGAUUCAUAAAGACAUUGUAAAUGCAUGUGCUAUUGAAACAAUUGAUGUUAUUAUUAAAGACAUGGGAGAUGUUGUAUUUUCUAUUUUAGUUGAUGAAUCUCAUGAUGUAUCUAUAAAGGAGAAAAUGGUUGUAAUGUUUCAUUAUGUGGACAAGAGAGGGUAUGUGAUUGAACGAUUCAUAGGCAUUGAACAUGUUCCAAAUACAACAGCAAUCUCACUAAAAAUAGCAAUUGAUAAGCUAUUUUCAAAGCAUGGGUUGAGCAUAUCUAGACUACGAGGUCAGGGAUAUGAUGGAACUAGUAACAUGAGUGGAGAAUUCAAUGGUUUGAAGAGUAUUAUCAUGAAGGAGAAUGAAUGUGCUUUUUUUGUUCACUGUUUUGCUCAUCAACUUCAAUUAGCACUCAUGGGUGUAGCCAAAAAACAUGAUUUAAUAGCAUCAUCUAAGCGUCGUGACAUUCUUCGAGAAAAACAAUCUCAGAAAGUCAUUGAAGCCUUAAAAAGUGGACAACUUUCAAGUGGAAAAGGCUUAAAUCAAGAAAAUGGGAUUAAGCGUCCAUGUGAUACACGAUGGGGAUCACACUUUGGCACUUUGGUAAGCUUCACUAUCAUGUUUUCAUCUAUCCUUGAUGUACUUGAGGAAAUUACAAAUGAUAGUUUGAAUAGUGACCAAAAAUAUGAAGCAUCUAUUAUGUUACAAGUGGUGCAAUCAUAUGACUUUGUGUUUAGUUUGCAUUUGGUAAAAAAUAUACUUGGAAUCACAAAUGAGUUGUCGCAAGACUUACAAAAAGGUGAUCAAGAUAAUGUGAAUGCCAUGGAUUUAGUUAAAGUAUGCAAGGAGCAAUUACAAAUAAUGAGAGAUAAUGGAUGGGAUUCCUUAGUAGAAGAAGUUUCUAAGUUUUGUGUGGAAUUCAAUAUCGAUGUUCUAAAUAUGGAUGGAAUUGUGAUAGAUUUACAACUACAAAAGCUAAAUAGUCGUUUUAUGAGGCUAACACUGAUGGAUUUGAGGAUACUUGAAUUUCAACUUCAAACUUAUGUUGAUGAUCUGCGUUCACAUACUGAAUUUUCAGAAUUGAAAGGAAUUGCUGACCUUUCAAAAAGAUUAGUGGAGACAAAUAAACAUGAGGUAUAUCCAUUGGUAUAUUUGCUUAUUAAAUUGGCAUUAACACUCCCAGUUGCAACAGCUUCAGUAGAAAAGGCAUUUUCAGCUAUGAACAUUGUGAAAAAUCAAAUGCGCAACAAAAUGGGAGAUGAAUGGUUGAAUGAUAGCUUGACUGUGUAUCUUGAAAAAGAUAUAUUCAAUACUAUUGACAAUGAGACUAUUAUUCAUCGUUUUCAAAACAUAAAAACUCGUCGAUGA